AUGUCGAACACAGCAGUUCAAAAGAAUCCAGAUGCUUUAGAAGAAAAGAAGAGCAUACCUGCAAAGAAAAAAGUGAAAGAAUUGAGAGUUUUUGAUCCUAAAACGGCCCAGAACCUGUCUAUCUUCCUGGGAUCAUAUCGCAUGCCUUAUGAAGAUAUAAAAAACAUUAUUCUGGAGGUUAAUGAAGGCAUGUUGAAUGAGGCCUUAAUUCAGAACCUUGUAAAAAAUCUUCCUGAGCAGAAGGUACUCAAUGAAUUAGCACAGUUUAAGAGUGAAUAUGAUGACCUCUGUGAGCCUGAACAGUUUGGAGUUGUGAUGAGCUCAGUGAAAAUGUUACAGCCUCGUCUCAAUAGCAUUCUUUUCAAGCUCACAUUUGAAGAACACGUAAACAACAUCAAACCAGGCAUCAUAGCAGUGACUCUUGCCUGUGAAGAACUGAAGAAAAGUGAAAGCUUUAACAGACUAUUAGAAUUAGUUCUUUUGGUUGGAAACUACAUGAACUCAGGCUCCAGAAAUGCUCAGUCUUUAGGGUUUAAGAUCAACUUCCUUUGUAAGAUUAGAGAUACUAAAUCAGCAGAUCAAAAAACAACACUUUUGCAUUUUAUUGCUGAAAUUUGUGAGGAAAAAUACCGGGAUAUCCUGAAAUUUCCAGAAGAACUGGAACAUGUAGAAAGUGCAAGCAAAGUUUCAGCUCAGCUCCUCAAGAGCAACCUUGCAACAAUGGAACAACAAAUUGUUCGUCUGGAACGUGACAUCAAGAAAUUCCCCCAAAUAGAAAAUCAACAUGAUAAGUUUGUGGAAAAGAUGACGAGCUUUACAAAGAGCGCCAGAGACCAAUAUGAAAAACUGUUCACCAUGCACAACAACAUGGUAAAGCUCUAUGAGAAUCUUGGAGAAUACUUCAUUUUUGACCCUAAAACAGUGAGCAUAGAAGAGUUUUUUGGUGAUAUCAACAACUUCCGAACUUUGUUUUUGGUGAGUAAUACAUCUUAAAGCAUUGC